AUGCUCCAGUACACCCUUUGGAUCUUUUUCUUGGCAACAAUGAAGGCGAGAGGGGAGCUGCCAUUCAUUGCAGAAAACAACGCGGCUAUGAUGGUGAACUGGAAUGCAGUUGAAGAAAACAAGAAACUAUAUGCAAUUUAUGACACAAGUGUGAACGAUCCCGGCAACAUGUCCUUCGUGAAAGAAACUGUGGAUAAAUUGUUGAAGGGCUACGACAUCCGCCUCCGGCCGGAUUUCGGAGGUCCGCCCGUCUGCGUGGGGAUGAACAUCGACAUCGCCAGCAUCGACAUGGUCUCCGAGGUCAACAUGGAUUACACUUUGACUAUGUACUUUCAGCAGUACUGGAGAGAUAAGAGGCUGGCUUAUGCUGGCAUACCUCUGAACCUCACUCUGGAUAACCGAGUGGCAGACCAGCUCUGGGUGCCUGACACGUACUUCCUGAACGACAAGAAGUCCUUUGUGCACGGCGUGACGGUGAAGAACCGCAUGAUCCGCCUUCACCCGGACGGAACGGUGCUCUACGGCCUCAGAAUCACAACCACUGCAGCAUGUAUGAUGGACUUGAGAAGAUACCCAUUAGAUGAACAGAACUGUACUCUGGAAAUAGAAAGCUAUGGCUACACAACUGAUGACAUAGAGUUCUACUGGAGAGGUGGAGAUAAUGCAGUCACUGGUGUGGAGAGGAUUGAACUUCCUCAGUUCUCUAUUGUGGAAUACAGACUGGUGUCAAAGAAUGUUGUCUUUGCCACAGGUGCCUAUCCAAGACUCUCACUGAGCUUCAGGUUGAAGAGAAAUAUAGGCUACUUUAUUCUUCAAACCUAUAUGCCCUCCAUACUGAUUACCAUUUUAUCAUGGGUGUCAUUCUGGAUCAAUUAUGAUGCAUCAGCAGCCAGAGUUGCCCUUGGAAUUACGACUGUGCUGACCAUGACAACAAUCAACACUCACCUGCGAGAGACUUUGCCUAAAAUUCCAUAUGUUAAAGCCAUUGACAUGUAUCUCAUGGGCUGUUUUGUGUUUGUCUUCUUGGCCUUACUUGAAUAUGCCUUUGUCAACUACAUUUUCUUUGGGAAAGGCCCUCAAAGGCAGAAGAAACUUGCAGAAAAAACAACAAAGGCAAACAACGAUCGCUCGAGGUUUGAAGGCAGUCGGAUGGACACCCAUGGAAACAUUCUGCUGACAUCGCUUGAAAUUCACAACGAGGUGGCAAGCAACGAGGUCACCACCAGCGUUACAGAAGCCCGGAAUUCCACAAUAUCCUUUGACAACCCAGGAAUCCAGUACAGGAAACAAAGCUCCCAUCGUGAGAGCCUGGGAAGGCGCUCGUCAGAAAGAACAGGCACCCACAGCAAGAGGGGCCAUUUACGAAGAAGGUCUUCGCAGCUGAAGAUAAAAAUCCCCGAUCUAACGGAUGUGAAUGCCAUCGACAGGUGGUCAAGAAUGGUGUUCCCAUUCACAUUUUCUCUUUUCAACUUAAUUUACUGGCUAUACUAUGUUAACUGAGUGACUUAGUUUUUUUUUAAAGGACUUCAACUAUAACAAGUGAAGUACUACUUGCCUGCAGAGUUUAUAUAUAUAUUUAUAUAUAUAUAUUUAUAUAUAAAAAAUAUAUAUAUGAACUUUUACUAUGUAGACCAUACUCAUGUAUGUGUGAAUACAUGUAGCAAAGAACUAUGUGUACUUUAAAGCACAUACUGCAAAGCAGAAGUAUAUGUAUGCACACACACAUGAACACAUUCAGUCUGAGGUUAUGGACACUUUAACAUAGAAUGCACUUCAGAGGAACUUUUUAAAUUGAAAGGCAGGUGUCGUCAAAGCAGCAAGCCUUGAGAAAAUAAGUGUUGUAUAUUAUCACUACAAAACUUUGAUUGUCAUUGAAAUUUUUGAACAGCUGUAAUCAUGUAUAAAGUCAGUAUUUAGUAACAUCCUUUGUAAAUGCUGCCAUACACACUAAUCAUAAAGCAGUAGAGUUACACUGGUAAGUUUAAAAUAAGUUAUUUGUAUUGCAGAUCCAUCAGCUACCAUUUCAUCAAGCCAAAUUUAUUUUUCUUUGCUAAAAUUUCUUGGGUUUAUAUAUGUCAUAAUACAUCUUCUCCCAAGCCAGGAUGAGCAUAGUUUUUAAUGAUCUCUUGCUUUCUCUUCUGCAGUAAGCAAGCUGAUCAUGGGAGUGUUGUAGGUCUUUGGAGACAUAUACAGGUUUAUAAUAUUUCAAACAAGCAUUUUAAGUGUCCAUCAACAGUGACAUGAAUCUUUUGUAAGUACUGUAAAUGUACAGCACAUUUUCCUUCCCUUGGACUGGUUCCAGCUGCCAUGUCAUUUUGAAACAGAACAGCACAUUUUUAGUAUAAUUUAGCUGAGGAUUCAACUACUGUCAAUGUGUUCUACAUCUGCUGUAGAUUUGAAGAUUGUUAUUCCAGUGAAAGCAUAGAAGAUGUCUCAGGUUAUUUGUUACUUCGACAUGAAAUCACCUAGCUGUAGCCUUUUUUAAACAUUCAUUAAUAUUAUUUAACAUUCUUAUAACAUUGUAUGUUAAUGUAAAAUAUAUUUGCAUAAUAUGCAUAUAAGUAUAUUUUCUCAAUAUUUUUCUUUCCUGUGCUUGCUAUCGUGACCGCAUGUUAUGUCAUAAUUUUGUUUCUGUGAUGUUAUAACUUUUGAUUCUCUAGAUUUGAGCAAAUAGAGCACUUCCAAUACUUUGAUUCAGUAAUGGAGCAUUUUCAUAUUUUAUUUAUAUACUGAAAGUGUAUGCCUACACUUACCAAGGUAGUGUGCUGCCAUCACAGAUCACAAGAAUAUGUUUUGUUUCAGCAUUAACUAUGUUCUUACAUACCCUUCAUGCAAAUGUGACCAUUUUGGGUUUGAUCCCAGUUCGUUCCCUCACUGGGAUUCCAACUUUUUUCAGUCUAGUAGAUUAUAGUCAUCAAGGUAUGCCAAUUUCAGAUCUGUAAACCUAAUUUGUUAUUUAUCAGAACUAAAUAUUUCUAAAGAAAAGAAGAUAUAUUUUUUGUAAAGUGUUUCUAUCAUGUACAUUCUCAAAUAACAACAAGUAGCAUAAAUAGAUCUAAAAAAACAGAAUUCAGGCUUAGCCCUGACAGUUCUCUGCAUGCAAAAUUCCAGUGGAUAUCAAUGGGAUUUUUUGACAGAGAGCUUUGGAUGCUAGUUGGAGACUUCUAUGGGCAAAAGUAUGUGUGGACAUGCAUUUAGCAAAACCACCAAUAUGAAUGAAAGUGAAAAGGCCACCUUGGCUGUGAAACAGCCUCCCCCUGUUCUCACUGAUGCUUGGUUGACCUGUGAGUAGAGCUCUGUGGGUUGCUGCUGUGCACGGCCCAUUGCUGUUCCCAGCCCUGUCUGCAGCUGAUCUGAAGCUUUGCUCUGGGCUGAAACUCCAGCCUAGAUGGGCCUGGCUUGCAGAGGUGUUUCAGUUCUGUGCUCCUGGAGCAGGAGUGGGCCGGGCACAGUGCUGCAGUGCAAUCCCAGCUGGAAUGCUCUCCAGAGCAGGGAUGCUCUGGGCACCGUCAGCGCCGCCGUCCCGCUGCAGCCUUGGCACAGGUGCAGUGGCUGGAGCUGCAGUUUUUAACCACAGCCACAGUGGAACCCAUACAGCUGGAGCAGAAAAACUCGGUGUUUAAAAGCUCCUCAGUAUUAAGUCCCAUUGGUAAAGCACAAUGUAUUGUGAGCGCUCUAAUGUCUCUUCAAACUGUGAAGGGAUUACAGAGCACAUUGUCAUCUUUAUAAUCAAAGUAACUAACAAUUAACACCCUCCCAGAGUACAUAUUAGAUAGAAUUGUUGAAAACCUCUCCCAAGUUUUUAUCUUCAUAGCAAAAUAUGUUUUAAAAAAAGAUCUAAUUUUAAUAAAAAUUAUAAUUGGUAGUCUUUGCUUUAGAAAAAUUUCCCUACUGAAAUUUUCCAAGCAAGUCUUCCUGUAAGUGCCCUAAAAACUUCCCGAAGAAGUCGGAUUUGAGAAUGGUCCUGCCCUCAUGAUUUAACCACAGCACUCUCUUGUCUUCAAGCCACACUUCCUAGAAAUCACAUGGCCAGGCAGAAGCCUUCAAUAAGAAGUGACUUUUUAUUUGUGAUAGAAAUGUGUUUUCCAAAUCCCACUGAAAUCAGUUCUUCAGUGGCUUCAACCAGAAUUUCCAAGAAGGCGGAAAAUUCCUCUCUGUACAGAGUAAAGAGGCAAUGUGGAUUUUUCAGGGCCCUGCAUGUGCAAGAGGGCUGAGUGUCUGAGGACUCUCUCCCUGUCUUACCCUUUGCACUACUGGAGGGCAGCAUCUUACUGCAGCCCCCUUCAGGGAACUGCACUCCCCAUCUUGCCUGUGCUUGCAAGAAGGAGGCAGCCGCACGUUUGAGCUCUUUCAAACAAUUUCACAUUCAUUGGUUUAGUCACAAACAACUUUAACCUUGAACAGAUCCAAGUCUUGGUUUGGCUUGAAAAAAGCCAGCAAAAAAAUCUCACUUGAGGUUAGCACUUCAUCUUACACACACAUUUUUUGUGCCUUUUUUUGCCAAUUCUGUUCCUGCAGUCCCAGCACGACUUCUUACACACAAAAACAAACACACACAACCAUGUUUCAAGAACAGUGUUUGCCUUGACCUCCCAUUUUCUGGCUCUUGACCCUGUGCACUAGCUGCAGUGUAUUAUUUUAACCAUAGAUUGCUCUAAGACUAAAAAUGGUAAUUUCAAUUAAAUCACACCAGAGUAAUGUAUUUCAUAGCUAAUUAACUCCUUUGUAACUCACUACUAUAAAUAACAUUUUCACAUAAUUUGUUUGUAAAAGGCAUUUAAAAAAAAGGAAAUCCAGAACUAUCUUCUGUUAUAGCCGAAAAGGUCAAUAAACUGUAGAAAUACUAUGAUGGUUUAACUCUUAAGUUGAUUUCAUCCCAUUGUAAAGAUAAACUAAAACCCAGUCCCUUUUGCUUAAGGCACAGCUAUGUAUUUUUGGUAUUCUUCUGCAGUGAAAAAAAAGAACAGUAAAAUGGAAUGAUGAAGAGAUGCUUUAUGAAAAUAUUGAUGAAUGAAUAUUAA